CAGAUGAGCGAGUGCACACUGUCAGCAGUUGACAUGGAUAACUGGGAUAUUACACAGACCAGGAGACCCAAAGGUCUGGGUGUCCGGCACUUCCAAGCUUUCAUGGCAUUCACUUGUCUUGUGUUGGCAUAUUCAAUGCGGGUCAACCUAUCGGUGGGCAUUGUAGCCAUGACGGACAACUCUUCAAACCCGGCCUUCACGGAACUCCCAUGGGACAGCUCGACUAAAGGCAUCAUCCUUAGCUCCUUCUUCUGGGGUUACCUGAUCCUGCAAGUCCCCGCUGGAGAAAUGGCUCGCAAAUUUGGACCCAAAUACCUUAUUUUUGUGGCCAUGUUGGUUUGCUCAGUUUUCACUAUACUCAGCCCUGUCAUAGCUCAGAACUUCAGAUGGACUGUUUUCUGUAUUACUAGAGUCAUACAAGGCCUUACGCAGGGGUUUUUCUAUCCCUCUAUAAAUGCAUUUUCAGCCAAAUGGGUUCCUCCUUCCGAGAGGAGUAGGAUAUUUUCAUUUGUUUUUGUAGGAGCACAGUUUGGCACCGUACUGACAAUGCCGAUAGCAGGGUACCUGGCCGCCAGUCCGUGGGGCUGGCCCAGUAUCUUCUACUGUACCGGACUGUGCGGUGUAUUGUGGUCUGUGGCCUGGCUGUUUGUAGGCGCUAACUCUCCGGACUCCCACCCUUCCAUCAGCGACAGAGAGCGCCAGUACAUCAACUCCGCUCUUGUCAAUACGUCAGCGCAAAACAACAAAUUGGUAACUCCAUGGAAGUCAGUUUUGACCUCCGUGCCGUUGUGGGCACUUCUCCUCACACAUCUCGGCCAGAACUGGGGCUACUGGAUGCUACUAACGGAGCUGCCCAACUACUUCAGUCACGUCCUCAACUUCAACAUCAAAAGUAACGGACUGGUUACUGCUUUUCCAUACUUGAUCAUGUGUGUGCUGACCGUGGUGUUUUCGUGGAUAGCGGACUACAUCAAUGCUAAACGCCUACUUUCCCUCAACGUCUCUAGAAAAAUGUGGAACUCAAUAGCUCAUUACGGAGGAGCUGCUGCUCUGCUAGCUCUUCCACUUGUGACUAGUGUCUCUGGUGCCGUCAUCUUGUUGACUACAGCCAUAGCUCUCAACGCUGGGAUAUUCACCGGAUACCUCACCAAUCACCUGGACCUCGCACCCAACUUUGCCGGACUUCUUAUGGGCAUCACCAACGGUUUCUCUAACAUCACCUCCAUCCUGGCCCCGAUAGUCACUGGUUUCAUCGUCUCCGAUGAGACGAGUAGAGAAGAGUGGUUGGUUGCCUUUUACAUAUCCGCUGGCGUUUUCUUCAUUGGCAACACAAUUUUCAUACUGCUUGGAUCCACCGACGUUCAACCUUGGAACAAACCAUCUGAAAAGGACAAUAAUGUGGAUCGACAUACACAAGCUGUAUAAUGGAAACGAGUUGUAUAAUUACUUCCUAAUUUAUUGAAUUACUAUUUAUAUUUAUUUAUUAUAUAAUUGUUUGUUUUUUUAAGAUAUUGCGUUCUGCAGACUGUGGAGAGCUCUUCAGGAAAACCAUGAGCUUUAUUUCACUUUAAGACUGAAAGUUAAAGAAAACAUACACAUCUAGGAAUACACACAUAUAUAUAUACCUAAGAUUUCAUUGAUUUUUUACUAAUAAAGUGUUUGAAACCAUU